AUGGGUGCUCUAGUUUUUGCAACUCAGGAUCACAAGCCUGAUGUGAUAGCAGAGCAGGCACGCAUACAAACAGCUGGUGGAGAAGUACGUUCUGAGAUCUAUGAACUGCAAGGACUUUCCAGGAAUAUGCAACUCACGAACAUUGGGCGACCUCAUUGCAAAGCACCAACGGAGACUGAUCAGACUCGGUUGAAGCUUCAGAUGUGCACACAGUUUCUGACAUGGACUGUUCUUGACUGGCAAUUUGAUUUUGUGGACAAAUCGGUUGCAAAGGCGUGGCUAUCCCAAGCCGCCUAUGCCAAGCUGCCUCCUCUUGAGGAUAUCCCACUGGAAGACAUUGGCGCAACUCGUCAGGGAAAGCUUGGAGAAGAGUCUGACACCUUCUUUGGCAUCAGCUUCCAAGUGUGGCUUUUCGUAAUCCUGGGAGCCGUGACGUGGGCAGCCACUUGGGUCUUGAACCUCAAGCCCGCCAAGGAUGCUGAGGGCACCUACAAGACGUACAUCGGCGCUGGAGCUUUGCCACCUGAUGGUUUCACCAAUCCUGCUGACCCGCGAGUGCAAGAAGAGCUCACGGAUGAAGAUGAUGAUCUUUACAGCGAUGACCUGAGGCCUGGGGCACCCAAGGGGCAGAAGGCUGCCAGUUCAGCCAUCGUUUGA